UGUUAAAACCACCAAGUGAAAGACACACUUCAACCGGAUUUCUUUCUCUCCGGUGGCCGCCGUCACCUCCGCCACCUUCUCGCUCCCUAUCUAUGUCUCUCAUUUUCUGCUCUUCACUCGCUACCAAGACCUCAAUCUGUUUACUUACCAUCCGGAAGUUUAUAAAUUCACGUUUUCCGUUGUAAUUCGUCUUCGUUUCAUCGUUUACGUAGAUUCUGUCGUUACUGAAGAUCCAGCUUCAGACAACUUGAAAAAGAGAGAUUUUUCAUAUCUCGAAGCUCGUACGCAUACCGAUGCAUACCUAGCUUUUUAGCUAUCUAAAUCAACAGUUGUUUUCGUCUUUUGCUUUUGUUGGAUUUUUUUUUCUUCACAUUUAACACUUUUCAGCCACCUGAGUGGUAGCCAAUUCGGUUGGCCAAUAAUGAGGAUGAACACAAAAUUAGAAAUGUAGCUUGUUAGUAUAUUUGUUGUAAUUUGCAAAAUUUGUUACUUUUAACUUCGACGUGCUUGAUAUCUGUUUUUAAUGAACCUAAGCUAUGAAGAGAUUUAACUGGUUUAAGCAAAUUUCUAACAAUGGGAAGUUGGAAAGGAGGUUGUCCCUUGGGGAAUACAAGAGAGCCGUGUCAUGGUCGAAGUAUCUAGUGUCGACUGGAGGUGAGAUUAAAGCGAAAGGGGAAGAAGAGGAAGAACUGGAAUGGAGUGCUGAUAUGUCACAGUUGUUUAUUGGGAAUAAAUUCGCCAUGGGAAAGCACAGUAGGAUUUACAGAGGAGUUUAUAAGCAAAAUGAUGUUGCUGUUAAGCUUAUCAGUCAACCUGAAGAAGAUCGCGAUUUGGCUUCCAUGUUAGAAAGACAAUUCACUUCUGAGGUCGACAUGCUUUUUCGUCUCAAACAUCCCAACAUCAUCACUUUUUUUGCAGCCUGUAAGAAACCACCAGUGUUCUGUAUAAUCAACGAGUAUCUUUGUGGUGGUUCUCUGAGGGCAUAUCUUCAUCAACAGGAGCCAUAUUCAUUGCAUCCCAACUUAGUUUUGAAGUUGGCGAUUGACAUUGCAAGGGGAAUGCAAUAUCUUCAUUCACAGGGUAUAAUUCACAGAGAUCUUAAAUCUGAAAAUCUACUUCUUGGUGAAGAUAUGUGUGUAAAAGUAGCAGAUUUUGGUAUUUCCUGUUUAGAAUCUCAGUGUGGAAGUGUAAAGGGAUUUACAGGCACUUAUCGAUGGAUGGCUCCUGAAAUGAUUAAAGAAAAGAAACACACAAAGAAAAUCGAUGUUUAUAGUUUUGCCAUUGUCAUGUGGGAGCUUUUAACUGCCUUGACGCCAUUUGACAACAUGACUCCUGAACAGGCUGCAUUUGCAGUAUGCCAAAAGAAUGCUAGACCCCCAUUGCAUGCUUCAUGUCCAAAGGCAUUUUGUGGACUCAUCAGGCGUUGUUGGUCUAGUAAACCAGAUAAGAGGCCUGGUUUUGAUGAAAUAGUCAAAGUGUUGGAAGGAUAUGCAGCAUCAGUUGAGCGAGAUCCUGACUUCCUUGCAACAUAUGAACCUGGUGGUGAUCGGACUUUCUUGAUAUGCUACCCGAGGCGCCAGAAAUCUACUCCAACAAGAUGAUAAUUAAGAUAUUCCUAUGAGUAUUAGCAUUUAAUUGUCUUUAUGUUAAGAUGGUCAAAUUGUGCGGUAUAUAUAUGUGACUGUGAGUGCAAGCUUUCUUAGUAUUAUUUUUAUUAUUAUGUGCAAGGAGACAUACAAUGCCUUCCCUCCUUUAUUCAAGUUGAAUAUUGUGUUUUGAGAGUAGUAAUAUUAUUUUGUCUAAGGCCCUCUUUCUUCCGUUA